AUGACUGUUGAGGACAACCCCAUACCUAAGUCAGUGCCCUUGCACCAACAAUCAGGUAAAGACUUCCACACUUUACAUACUCAAGACUUAUCAAACCUAUACCAACAAUGCUAUAAACAAAUUGACGAAACUGUAAAUCAGUUGGUGGAUUCCGCAUCGCCCUCUACCGCCGGCAUCAGCGAACAGAUAACGGAUAUUACAAGGACAUACAAACUACUCUCGGAAUAUGAGUUGGAGUCCAACUCAUUUCACGAAGGUAUUAAAGACUUGAAAAAAAAUUUCAAGCAGUUAUCAGAUGCCUGUCCACAAAUCGAUCUUUCCACGUGGGAUAAAUAUCGCACUGGGGAACUCACUGCUCCCCAAUUAUCUGAACUGUAUUUGAGUAUGCCCACGCCUGAGCCAACCACCAUGCUUAACGACACAGAUACCCUUCGGAUACUUAAAGUGUUACCUUACAUAUGGAAUGAUCCAACGUGCGUGAUACCUGAUUUACAAAACCCUGCAGGCGAAGAUGAUCUACAAAUAGAAGGGGGUAAGAUUGAACUGACUUGUCCUAUUACCUGUAAACCUUAUGAAACCCCAAUGAUAUCAAAAAAAUGCAACCACGUCUUCGAUAAAAAUGGUAUUCAGAACUAUUUACAGGGUUACACGACAAGAGAUUGUCCGCAAGCUGCGUGCUCCCAAGUCGUGUCCAUGAGAGAUUUCGUAAGUGACCCCAUUAUGGAACUAAGGUGUAAAAUUGCCAGGAUUAAAAAGUCUCAAGAACAAGACAAAGAAAGUAACCAGGCCAUCGAUGUUUUGUAG